CCUCUCCGGUGGUCCUUCAGUUUCUGAGUCAGCAUCACUCACUCUCCGACCUACAGCACGGGACCACGCUCAGCCCGACAGAGGAACAUGUUGCUGCAGAAACUGCUUGUAUGGGUUCUGUCAGUCCUGUGCGGCACUGACGUGUGUUUGGGGUUUGUCUACGACCGACCCAAACGCUCAGGAGAGGACGGAGCUUCAGCCAGGACGGAGUCUCGCUCUACGUCUCAGUACGUGCCGACCUCUGGCUCCUGCAGGAACAGGUGUUUUGAGCUGGUUGAGUUGGAGCCACCAAACUGUCGCUGUGACAACCUGUGUAAGACCUACAACAGCUGCUGCUCAGACUUUGACCAGCUCUGCCUCAGGACAGAGGGGGGCUAUGAAUGCAGUAAAGAUCGCUGUGGGGAGACUCGGAAUGAACAGCAUGCCUGCCACUGCUCUGAUGACUGUCUGGCAAAAGGAGACUGUUGCACCAACUACAAGACACUGUGUAAAGGAGACACUUCAUGGUUGCAGGAUGAGUGUGAGGAGAUCAAGACUGCUGAAUGCCCUGCUGGGUUCGUGCGUCCACCACUCAUCAUACUGUCAGUGGAUGGAUUUCGAGCUUCUUACGUAAAGAGAGGAAACACUGUCAUACCCAACAUCGAGAAACUCAGGACAUGUGGGACCCAUGCUCCAUAUAUGAGGCCUGUUUACCCUUCCAAAACCUUCCCCAACCUCUACUCACUGGCUACGGGUCUCUAUCCAGAGUCUCAUGGUAUUGUUGGUAACUCCAUGUAUGACCCGGUGUUUGAUGCCACCUUCACCCUGAGAAGCCGAGAGAAACUCAAUCACCGCUGGUGGGGAGGACAGCCAAUCUGGAUCACAGCGCUCAAACAGGGAGUGAAGGCUGCCACCUUCUUCUGGCCUGUAGCUAUCCCACUGGAGAGGCGGAUACUGACCAUGCUGCAGUGGCUCCACCUCCCAGAAGGGGAGAGGCCCUAUGUUUACGCCAUGCACUCUGAACAACCAGACACAUAUGGACACAAAAUGGGGCCCAUGAGUGCUGAGUUGAAUAAUCCUCUGAGGGUGAUCGACAGAAUCUUCGGCCAACUGAUGAACGGGCUUAAGCAGAUGAAACUGCACCGCUGUGUCAACAUUAUCAUGGUGGGCGAUCACGGUAUGGAAGAGGCUCACUGUGAUCGCACUGAGUUCCUCAGUAACUACAUAAACAACGUUGAUGACAUCAUCCUCAUCCCUGGGUCUCUAGGCAGAAUACGCUCCAGAUACCCCAGCAACCCUAAAUAUGACCCCAAGGCUGUUGUUGCAAAUCUAACUUGUAAGAAAUCAGAGCAGCACUUUAAGCCGUACCUAAAGCAGCACCUGCCUAAGAGACUGCACUACGCUAACAACCGACGCAUUGAAGAGAUUCAUCUGCUGGUGGAGAGGAAGUGGCAUGUUGCCAGGAAAGUCCCUGAAGGGAAGAGGCACUGUGGCUUCUCAGGUGACCAUGGAUAUGACAAUAAGAUCAACAGCAUGCAGACUUUAUUCUUGGGUUAUGGACCUACAUUUAAAUUCAAGACUAAAGUUCCAGCCUUUGAGAACAUUGAGCUUUAUAAUGUUAUGUGUGAUCUUCUGGGUCUGAAACCAGCCCCCAAUAACGGAACCCGUGGUAGUCUGAACCACCUGCUGAGAAGCCCCCCCUACAGACCCACCAUGCCAGAGGAGGUUUCCAGGCCAACAGCUUCCAGUCUUGUUCCCACAGGAACAGACGACCUGGGCUGCAGCUGUGACGACAAGUUGCGUGUAAAAAGUAGGGGCCAGAGAGGUUUGAAAGUGACCCUUGUACGAGGCUAUAACCUGGAGUCACUCUGGCUCUGUCUCUUACAGAACAAAGUGGAGGAGCUAAACCAGCGACUGAGGCAAGCUAUUGAUGACAGCAGGAACCUGCCGUAUGGUCGACCUGCUGUACUCUACCGAACCAAAUACUCCAUCCUCCAUCACAGUGACUACAUCAGUGGCUACAGCGAGGCUCUCUCUAUGCCUCUCUGGACAUCAUACACUGUCAGCAGACAGGUAGAUGUGUCUCCUCUGCCUGAAGCCCUGUCUAAUUGUGUGCGACCUGAUGCCAGAGUCCCUCCAGCCUACAGCCAGUCUUGUACCAACUACAGAGCAGACAAGCAGAUCACUUAUGGCUUCUUGUACCCACCACAAUUAUCCUCAGGCAUAGACAAAAAAUAUGAUGCUGUACUCAUCACCAACACCGUCCCCAUGUAUCCUGCCUUCAAGAGAAUAUGGACUUACUUCCAGAGAGUGCUGGUAAAGAAAUAUGCCACAGAGAGAAACGGGGUGAACGUGCUCAUUGGACCCAUAUUUGACUAUGACUACGAUGGUGUCAGGGACUCAGCUGACAAGAUAAAAGAGUAUGUAAGUGGGAUGAUACCCAUCCCCACACACUACUUUGUGGUCCUGACCAGCUGCUUAGACUUCACACAGGCUGCAGACUCGUGUGGCGGCCCACUCAGCAGUGCUGCCUUCAUCCUGCCGCACAGAUCCAGCAACGACGAGACCUGCAAUAGCUCAGAGGAGGAGUCUCGCUGGGUGGAGGACCUGAUGAAGAUGCACACAGCUCGGGUCAGAGAUGUGGAGAUCCUGACAGGCCUGGACCUGUACCGCAGAACCACUCGGAGCUACGCUGAAAUCCUCUCACUCAAAACCUACAUGCACACCUAUGAGAGUGAGAUCUGAUCUCCACUGGUUCUGUUUACUUCAAUGUCCGAUAUCUUAUUCAACCGUGGUGGAUGCAUGUGGUACCAGGAAGAGAUGUAAUCAUCUCUAUUACACUGACCUACACCAGCUGUAGCUCUGGCUGGAUGCAGCCAUGUCGUGGCCCUUUCACUGAGCAUUUGGUUUAAAUCGUUCCUUUCAUCUGUGAAGAUACAGUUUUUAACACCACUGAGCUGCUAGCUGUGGUACUGGCCUCUGUACUUUAAUCAGUUUAGCAGUAAAGCAAAACAUGUCCUCUGCUGUGUUUCAUGUUUUGCACUCAGAUUCAGUGAAAUGACAUUAAACUGAAAGAUCAAGAACAACAGAGCUAGAUGUUAUGCUGGAAUUCUGAAACACAGCUUAUUUGACAUUUUCAGUAUGCAAGGAAUGUUGUAUCAAGAGCUCAAAUGAAAUCUAUAGCAGUCAUUUUGUGUCAUACUGUGUAAAUAUCAGAGCAGCCAUUGAGGUUAAUCUUCAUCUGCCCUGUCAGGUAUCUGCAGUUCCCUUUGAUACAUGUCAGAUUUUAUCUGAACUGUUGCCAAAACCUUUGCUUGAAUAUUAUCCAGCACCGGGUUUUCUAUUUGUCAGGCUGUUGGAGGCAAUUUAAUUAAACACAACUUUAUUUAGGAAAAUGCAUCAGGGUAGCACAAUGUAAACUCAAAUAACUAGUCUUACGAUUUGAAAGUCAGGUCCACAUACUGCAGAUGAACUCUUGUUAACCAAGAAACAUAUUUGUGUUUUUUUCUUUAAAGAAAAUGUAUAGCACAUACAAAUUAAACUUAUUUUCUAGAAAACAAUAUUCCAUAUGUGUAAAAAAUAUUAUGUUUUUUAAAAAAAAAUCUUAAAUUGCACUACAGAGCUGUCAACAGAAUCAGACCAUCACUUUUUUUUAAGUAUUAAGGCUGGAUUAUAAAACCAGAGCAAUGAGCUCAUAUUUUGUUUCCUGUAUAACAUUAAUCUGUUUGACAUAAAGUUUACUCAGUAUGUCUGCAUUGAACUGUUUCACAUUAUGUUCAGUGACUGAAGAAGAUAUUGCCUUUAUUUUUUGACAUGGAAUGAUAAUGCAAUGUUGUUUUGUGUGUGUGUGUGUGUGUGUGUGUGUGUGUGUAUGUGUGUGUUGAAUUCAGGACAUUUUUUUUUUGUGUUAGAGUGUGUGUGUGUGUGUGUGUGUGUGUGUGUUGUGAUGUUGACUUUUUGUUCUGUGCACAAUAACAAUAAUGUCAAUGAUGAUGAUUCAUUAGUGUUUUACCUAAAACAUGUACCACCUGUGAGACUUAUUUAUGCUUUAUGUAAAUGUCAUCACAAUAAACCAGUUUUUACUAAAUGAAGUGUGGUGCACAGGAAGUUAGUCCGACUGCUUUUCAGUCUUUCAGCUGUGGAUUAAACACAAUAGAAAUUUA